UGUUUUGUUAUUUCCAGAGCCCAAAUAUUGUUACCCAGUCUUGGACUCUUUCUGCGCCUUUUUACCAAAUCGGAAUACGUAGACCAGAAGAGCGAAAGAAACCCUAAACGAAGGACCAUUGAAAACCCCUUUUUUUUUUUCUUUUUUUUUUUUAAUUUUUUUAAAAUUUGCAGUUUGUAUAGAGUAUAGCUGCAUUUGUAUUAUUUUGGGAAAAUUUAACCUUCAGGCAGAUAUAGUUAAUGGAGGGAAUACCGCAUCCGAUACCGAGAACAGUGGAGGAGGUCUUUCAAGACUUCAAGGGCAGACGUGCCGGUUUAAUCAAGGCCCUGACCACCGAUGUUGAGAAGUUUUACCAGCAGUGUGAUCCGGAGAAGGAGAACUUGUGUCUGUAUGGACUUCCAAAUGAAUCAUGGGAAGUUAAUCUGCCCGUUGAGGAAGUGCCUCCCGAGCUUCCUGAGCCAGCAUUAGGUAUAAACUUUGCUAGGGAUGGAAUGCAAGAGAAGGACUGGUUAUCACUGGUUGCAGUUCACAGCGACUCAUGGUUGCUUGCUGUUGCAUUCUAUUUUGGUGCACGCUUUGGGUUUGGUAAGAACGAAAGGAAGAGGCUUUUUCAAAUGAUAAAUGAUCUGCCUACUAUAUUCGAAGUUGUGACAGGCAAUGUGAAGCUACCAAAGGACCAAUCUGCUACUCACAACAGUAGCAAAAGCAAAUCAAGUGGAAAGCCGCAGUCCCGGCAGUCUGAGCUCCAGGCCAAGGGAGUGAAGAUGUCCCCUCCACCCAAAGAAGAGGAUGAGAGUGGGGAAGAAGAAGAGGAUGAUGAACAGGGUGCAACUUGCGGGGCCUGUGGGGAUAACUAUGGUACUGAUGAGUUCUGGAUUUGCUGUGAUGUGUGCGAGAGAUGGUUCCAUGGCAAAUGUGUAAAAAUUACACCUGCAAAGGCUGAGCAUAUCAAGCAGUACAAGUGCCCGAGUUGCAGUAACAAGAGGGCUAGAGUUUAAAUUUAGGUCCUGAAUUUGGAGACUAAUACCCAUGAAACAAAGCUGUGAAGGUUUAGACCUUCCAUUACAAUUUGCAGGAAGACACAGUCAAUGUCUUUUAGUUGAUGAAUUUGGAUGCCAGAUGGAUUUCGGAUUUCAAGUUUUGGUACUUUUGGUACCUGUUGUGUCACAUUUUAUUGGAUGUGUUUUUAAAUAGUUAGUGGCGACCAGUAAUAUUAUGUCUGCAGUUUUCUGGUUUAAA